UCAUCAGUUGGAGUAGAUCAUGUUGAGUUGUGGUCGUAUCUCAGCAUAAAGUCUCAUAUCCCUGUAUUUCAAAAUGGCCAAGAGACCAAGCAGUUCAAAGGACAAUGAUAUAACUCAAUCAAAAAGGCCUAGUGAUGACGAAGAUGACAAUCCAGGAGUUAUUGAAAUUAAUAGUGACCCUGGAAAACUAAUCCAGAACAUACAAAACAUACUGGAAUAUCAAAAGAAGGCUAUCCCUCAUUUGUAUCCAAGCAAGAGAAAGAAUAAAAGAUCAGAAACAAUAGCAAGUCUCAUACAAAAUAGUUUAACAGCUCUUGAUGACAGAUUGGAAGAUGCAAAGAAAGUCAAAGUUACCAUUGCAACAUUUGGAGCACUUGGUAAGGGGAAAAGCUUCAUCCUCAAUCAUAUCUUAAAGUAUGGUCUGAAAAAUCAUGACCUUAGCCUUUUGCCAUCUGGCUUUGGUGAGUCGAAAACGCGUGUUCCAGUGAAGAUUAAAUAUGGGCCAAAUGUAGAGGUCAUAGUUAAGACAAGUGAAAGAACAGAGGUCCUUUUAAAUAAAGAUUAUAACGAGACCUCAAUCGAAAAAGCAGCCACAUGCAUCAAAGAUGUCUUUGAAGAUAUUGAUUCAUAUAAAGACCUUGAGUGUGUGGAUCUUGUUGCAUGCCUCCCUGUGUUUCAGCACUUGAAAGAGGUUGUGAAAAGGAAGUGUACUUACCAUGAUGUUGAGGUAGAGAUUGAAUUUGUGGAUCUGCCAGGACUUGGCGACAGCUAUGGAAAUGCCUUAAUCAGAAAAGAACUCAAUCUUGCUGAUAUCAUGUUGGUUUUUAAAAAUUCAGCAUCCGGUCGUCAAGUAACAAUUGACGACUUAAAAGAGGUUUUUCUUAAGCGUGAUGUUUUUGAUUAUGCAAAUCGUCCAAAGUUUGUGAUAAUCGAAAACCAAAGCAAUCCUGAUUGCCCGAUUGAUGAGAAAUCGAUUAAAGAGAAACAAAAUGAAGAAGAAGCCAGACUUGCUGAAGAAUGGAGAAAACUGCAGGAACUGCAGGACAAUGAUAAUGAUGAGGACGAUAAGAAGAAAGAGGAAAGAAAGAAAAUGCGUGAGUGCUACAAAAUGGUGUAUGAGCGACUUCCAUUGACAACUGCAAAAGAGUUUCUAGAAAAGUUCCAAGAAGAAAGUAAAGCUCUCGUCUUUUCUCUCGAACUGAGAAGUCUAUUUCUUUCUGAUCUUGAGGAAGCAAUCAUUGAGCAUGUGAAUAAAGGAAUUUUGAGGAAAAACAUCCAUCCUGUAGUGCAAGGUAUCAAUAAAGAUGCUAACAUACGAAAAAAAAGGAUCAGUGCCGUAAUCUCAAAGGUAAAGAAAACACAUCAAGGAAAGUUUAAACCUCUAGAAAGCCAACCUUUCAAGUUAUCCCUAGACAGCAGAGAAGAUGAGGAUUUCUUCAACAAAAUUGAGAGCGAUAUUUUUGCACUGGGCUUGCAUGCAGAUACCGAUAUACUUAAGRUUCAUAAAGGUUUGGUGAACAUGUUCAAGAAACUAACAGUGGAUCAUCUUCUACACAAACUGAGGUUGUCUCUUAAGGAACACUAUGAAACACUAGUUGGCAUGACUGAAAGAGUUAAUGGUUUGUUUAUCUCUGAACAGGGUUUAAGCCAUUUUGCUCGCAUGUCAUGUGAAACUGAGGUCAACAAGUUCAUGGAAGAGCAUGCGAGAAGCCUCAUUGAUAACUGUUUAAAGAAGCUGUUUGACAAGACACCAAGUCGAGAAGUGCAAAAGCAGUGGACUGAGUCGCAUGAUGACAAGGAACAGAAAAAGAAGUUGUUAGAAGACCACUUCAAUCUGCUAAUACCACAUCUUGCAGAGCUCUUAUCAAGAGGAUCACGUGACGAUAAAUUGGUCACAUUGCGGGAUACCCUUCUUCACUGUAUUAAUGAGAUAGUAAGGUUGGGUUUUAAGAAUGAGGGCGUUGAUGAUCCGAAUAACGAUGUAACACUAAAUAACAUCAAGAAAAGUAAUUUGGAGGUAACCAAAUUCUCACUUAAGAUGAUACGAGAACUUAACCCUCACUUCGAACACAAAAAGGAAUUUGUAGAUUCUAAAGAUGAUUUUCCUGCUCAAUUCCUGACAUUCGAAGGGCAUGAAGCUAAUGUGCUGCCACCUAUAAACCAUACCAGCAGACUUAACAAGGUAUUUGCUCUACUGUCAAAAAACAAGAAAGGUGCACUUGAUGAAUUGCGUAGAAUGCUAGGGUUCAAAGUUGGGUCAAUAACAGUCCCUGAUGACUGUGAUGAAUUUCAGUGGACAAGAAUUCUACUGAAGGUCUUGCAAUCUGAUCCCGAUUUCCAUCACAUGACUCUUGAUGAUUCACUGCAUGGGUCCUGUAAAGUUGAACUAGGUACAGUUCCAGACAACUAUCUUAAGAUAGCUAAACAACAGCUUUUUGCCUAUCAAAGGUCUAAAACCACGUGCGACAUCGAACUUGAUCAGUCCAUUCCAAAUGAUACCAUAAGAAUCAAUGUCAACGAGGCUCAAAAUGGACUCACUGCUUUUGUCUGUCCUGCCCUACAUGUUGAUUUGAAGAAGCUGAAAUCUCAUGAACCCAUGAAACAACUUGCACCAGUCUUUAUCCCAUCUAUCCAUUAUGGCCCCAAUAUUGAAGAACUUGGGAAUCUAUUCCUUGAGGAAGAUCCAUGGACAGCCAGAGAGGAAGAUGGCGAAGAUGAUAACGAUGAUGACACAGCAGACCAGGAGCCAAACACAGUUGAUCAUCAACAAACGGGGCUUGAGGAGUUGCCUGUCACCAUAUUCUGUGUUGUUGAACCCGGUCAUGAGGACAAAUUCAGAUCAACCUUGGCCAAAAAGCCCCCUAACAGUAACAUAUCAUUUCGAUAUGUUGUCCUUCCACAAAAUGGCCGUGGGAUAGGUGUUUCAAGAUCCAUCAUCAAGUUGUUAGCUGAGAGCUUGAAGUUACCACUGUAUUGGACAGUUGAUGAUGACAUUAAGUUGAUCAGGGAGUACAACAACAAUUCCGGCUACUGGAAGAGAUCUACCAUAGGAAGAGCCCUUCUCUAUGGACAACAUGUGUACGAAGAUUGCAAAAACAGAGUAGUAAAUGAUAUUCCUGAACGCCAGAGGUACAAAUAUGCCAAGGCUCUGCUCAAAGUCUUUCCAGAUUGGGCCGAAGAAAGUGAAACAGUAUUGGUAGCUGAGCGUUUGAUGAAUGACUCAAGGUCACACGAUAUUAUAAAAAACAACAUUUUCUGUCUCAAUGACCAAUUCCCAGACGAAAUGAUAGAAAAAGAUUGUGACGGAGAUCCUUGUAAAGAAAAACAGUUGCGUGAAGCAUUAGAAAAAUAUAUCGAGACGUUCAAAGAAUAUCUGCUACAUGGGAAUUACAAGCGCAUUGGAAUGGUGUCAAUUGGACAUGAAAGUGGGAGGAAGAAUGGCUAUUAUUUACGAAGUGAUAAGCAUUACCGUAAAAGCAUGCAGAACUACCAAAUGGUACUCUACAACCAAGAAGCCUUGGAAGGCUUCAACUACGUCACAGAUGAAGUGAUACUUCAGCACAAAGAAGGUACUGUCCAUCAGGAAGACCAGCGAGAUGUUCGUUACCUUGGAUUGAAGUGGGAGGACAAAUCGUUCUGCAGGGCCUUGAAAUUCUACGGGAUCAUUGGAUACCAAGUCAUCACUGUUGCUUUGGCAAAUCAAAAACUUAGAAAUGCAUUUGGAAGAAUUGGCAACUCAUACCAGCCAGAACCACUACAAGGUGAUGAUGAUGACAUAACCCAUGCUGAUGAGGAGUGAAUAAGACUUUAAUCACACUAUGAACAUUUGACUUAUUGCCUAAAGCAAUUGACCAAGUGUAUAUGAGACAUUUUUAACUAGUAAUUUUUAGCAUUUAAUGCAUAAUUAUAUUUUAUAGCUUGGCUCUUCAACACUUUAAAGUAUUUUAGACUUUUUUGAAUAGUUUUUAAUGGGUACGUACAUCUAUGUUCAUGUGAACGAAAGCUAUUAUAUAUAGCUGAAAAAAAAAACUUUAUUGAUUUUAAUCUGAUUUGUAAAUCUUACAUUUGAGGAAAUUUCGUUGUAGAAUAUUGGUCUUUUCGAUCGUACGAUCUGGGAAGACCAUUUAAUAGGUAAAUAGGUUCAAAAGGUAUAAGUUUAUGGGGAACAGUAUAUUACUAGUAGCUGGUAUUCAUCUAUUGUAAAAGUCAGACAAAACAUCAAAGGGUCGUGGUCAACCAACAUCCUUUUCGGCUGAAAAUAAAAGUAGAACAUAAUAAUUUGGACGCACUAAAUCCUUGAAACAAAUAUUACUAAUUACUAGUAAAUAGAGUUGAUAAGACAAAAGUAAUUAGCACAUUAGUUUAUCACCAAUUGAUAGUGUUUUUACAGAUAAAGUGCAUUUGCUCUAAUACACCUUUUCAGUUGCUCUUAGGCCUCGAUAGCAAGUUAAUUAUUCUUUUGAAUUUGACAAAUGAGACUAUUCAUAUCAAUGUUUGCAUUUCUCACAUUCCUACAAAUUCAAAAGAAUAUUCAACACACUGUUGAGGCCUAAGAGCAGCUGAAAAGGUGUAUUAUAAGGGGGAAACCAUACUUUUUAUAUACCAUAAUAUUGAUCUUACAGUAAAAGAGACUCACAUUUGAGAAAGUUAAUUUUUAUUUGCAUUUUUGUAAGAAAUAAAGUAGCUGYAUCUAGAA